AUGGAUCACAGCCAGCUGAUGGCAGAAAUGCCAGAAAUCGAAAAGAUGACGGCUCAGGAACGCAUUGCGCUGGCAAAAGAACGUCGUCGCGAGCAGCUGCGAAGGUGGGAGGAGCGCGACCGAUCACUACCACCGGCCAGACCGCGUCGCCAGCGAUUGCGAUUUUCGCCCGAGGUCGCCCUACUCGAAGCCACGGGACGAGCCGAUGCUGUUGAGGUCGAGCGGUUACUUCGCGAGGGCGCGAAUCCAAAUUCGCACAACGAAGACGGUUUGACGCCAUUGCAUCAGUGUGCCAUCGAUGACAAUCAGCAGAUCAUGUUGUUGUUGUUGAGUCAUGGAGCAGAUGUAAACGCUCAAGAUACUGAGCAGUGGACGCCGCUUCAUGCAGCUGCGUGUUGUGCGCACAUCAAUGUCGUGAAAAUCUUAAUCGCUGGUGCGAACCUUUUGGCUGUGAACGCUGACGGAAACAUGCCGUACGAUAUUUGUGACGACGAGACCACACUCGAUGCCAUUGAGAGUGAGAUGGCAGCGCGAGGCAUCACACAGGCUUACAUUGACGAUCAACGUGGUGCACCUGAGAAGGCAAUGUUGGACGACAUGAAAAGCUUGCACCAGCAAGGUUAUCCGCUUGAUGCCCGUCAGCCAGACGGAUCGACUUACCUACACAUUGCUGCCGCUAAUGGUUACUACGACGUCGCUGCAUUUUUGUUACGGUGUGGUGUACCUGCAAUUGAUAAUGAUCUCUGGCAACCAGUGCACGCCGCGGCUUGCUGGGCUCAACCCGAUCUCGUUGAGCUCAUUUGCGAAUAUGGAGGCGACAUCAACGCAAAAACGAGCAGUGGCGAAACUCCGCUAGACCUUUGCGAAGAUGAAACAACUAGAGCUGUCAUAGCGACCAUGCAGCAACAAGAAGCACGGAAGAAGCGGAUGGCGUUUGGAGUGCGCGACUCUCGACGACAAAGCAGGCGGCGGAAGAAGUUCGAAUCACCUCAGCAGGUUGCCACUGGUGGUGACAAUCCGUUUUCGGCACGGGGUGCGAUUCGGCGCCUCUCGCUCCGUGACCGCAGCGGUUUAGCACCGGCGAGGAUUGAGGCGCAAAAGGAAGGCGCCGACAUCAUACGGUCGUGGUCGAAGGAAGACGUUUCAUCAGAAGUCAAUGCAUCACAACCGUCCCUACACGGCAACCGAGAUUCGCCAAAUAAGCGGGUACUAAAGGUAAAUGGUAUUCUGAGCUUUAAUAAGCCCAAGCCCAUGAGUCCUGAUGAAUGGCUUCGAAAGUUGGAGACAGGUGGCGACGAUGACGAUGAAAGCACCCCAAGACGCGGUGGUAGCCAACGACGGCGACCGAAAAAAGAUUCCAAAAGUGAGUUAUUUGGUGUAAGCUCUUUAGAACAUUCUCAAUUUCGUUAA